AGCACCGCCGCAGCAGGGAGACGCAGGAACCCGCAGAGGUGCACGCUGGGACCUGUAGUCUUGAAGCGAAACCUCGAUGAUGACACUGUCGCUAUCAAGUGUGGGAAAAGACACAUUUCGCGCGUCCUCUGUCAUAAUGGCGGAUGAAAAACCAAUCCACGAGCAACGAUUUGAUGCUGCAGUGAAAGUAAUUCAGAGUUUACCGCAAAAUGGUAAGUGCUUCGAUUUCUGUUUUAUUACACGAGACUACCUGCAAAUUACUUCUGGAUACUGGGGUUCCAUGCGGGAUGCUUGGAAGUCUUUAGGCAGCAUGUCCAAGGAUGAAGCGAUGACUGCGUACGUUGAAGAGAUGAAAAAGAUCCUGGAGACAAUGCCAAUGACGGAGAAAGUGGAGGAACUGCUACGCGUUUUGGGACCGUUCUACGAAAUAGUGGAGGACAAGAAGAUGAUCACCCAAGUAUCUGACCUGACCUCAGCCCGAUUGGAAAAAUUUGCUAGGUCACUGGAAGGCAAGUGUGUUCUUGUGUGGUCUGUGCCAUCUUCAUUAGUGUCCGGCUCCCACUCGGUGAAAGGCGUUUCGGACCAGAGGAAAACGACCGAGGGGGCUUCGGGAAAGGAGAAUGUCUUGCGUGCCGACAUGGAACAUGAUGUCCCGUCUGCGGUGAAGGAGAUCGAUGGUCAGAAGACCCCGUUGAGCGCUGAGGACUCUGAAGAGAAGCUGACCGGCACAACCCAGAAACUGGAGUCAAACCAGCACCACAGGGUUAAUGGUCACCUCCAGGAUCACAGUGAGGAUGUGUCUAGCUUGCAUCACCUGCCAAGUGACUCGGACAGUGAGGUGUACUGCGAUUCUAUGGAGCAGUUUGGUCAAGAAGAGAACCCCGAGGUUCUCGUGAACCUCUCCCUGGAGACUGGUGAAUGGAGUCACGCUCCCUUCCUUGCGAGGACAGAGCCGGUGCUGGGAGGGGAGCCCCAAAGGGGCUGUCUGCAGGAAGGCGCUGAGGGUGUCAGACACGGGGGGGAGGAUGGGAAAGACGGUGGAAACCCACCGCAGAGGGACAGAUUGAGUGCCGAACGCUCUGACACUUCAGGACCCAGGAAAGGAAGAGGUUUCAGGCUGCCAGCAGCAGGAGGAGGGGCCCAGGGAGGCCUGCAGGGCGGCGGAGGGGACGGGGAGCGGUGGGGGACAGACAGCAACACCCGAAGCAGCUUGAAUGAGCAGAUCGCAGCCACUCUCAACAAGCUGCAGGAAGACAUGCAGAGCGUCCUGCAGAGAUUGCACACGCUGGAGGCACUCGCGGCCUCUCAGGCAAGAUCAUUGUCUUUACAAGCUAAUUACCCACCUCCUCCAGUUAACAAGAAGCCUUCCUGGUGGCCUUUUGACAUCUCUCCUGGCACACUCGCGCUCGCGGUAGUCUGGCCUUUCAUCGUCCAGUGGCUCGUGCGUCGCUAUCUCCAGCGACGGAGAAGAAAACAUUAACUGGGAUGUUUUGUGACAGAAGACUCAUACACUGAGAGUGCUCGAGGUCUGUCCGUGGAUACUUGUUCUCCACUGUUCUCUAUUGUCUAACGAUAUAAUUCCUGCUUUUGCACUACGAAGAGGCACUACUAGAAACAAGCGGCAACAUUCUUAGGAUUUACUGAUUUACUGUUAGUAGAAAUGAAUUUAAUCUUUUAAAGAUUAAAAGAAGAUCUGAAUGUAUUGCAUUACAAUUUAUAAAUAAUCAUGCAAGCUCUUAAUGUGAUGACUGGUAAAAAUACAAUAAUCUUUCAUUGGUCAAAUACCGCACAUGACUAACGUGAAGGUACGAACUUGGCUGUGUGGGGUUUAAUUGUAUGUAAUGGUUUUAAUGUAGUAAACGGUUUUUGUUUAUUUUAAAAAUAUUUUAAGUUGAAACGUACAAUUAUCACUUGGAAGCAUGCUGGCAGAAUUAUGUCUCCUUUGUCGGAUGUAAAGGGCAUUUUGAUUAAAUUCCAUUGUUAAAGGUUUUAUUUUUUUAAAAUUGAUCAUGAACUUUCCUGUAGCUCUCUGCUGUGUGGCUGUACUGCAGUGGAAGCCACAGAUCAUCCUCUUUUAUUCAGCUCUGGUUAUAGUAUAUAUGAGGUUCAAUACUGUGGUCAAAUAUGUUUGAUUAAGUUGAUUCAAUUAAAUUGGGUGAUUAUAUAUCUGUAUUAAUCACCAAUAAUGACUUAUUAAUUUACCUCAAAGAAUGCUAAAGUUAAAGAUAUAGGAAGGGUCACUAUGAGCGUAUGAUGGCAGCAUCUGAUUAACUUUGGAUGCAUUAGGUGUAGUUAAGAAAUUUCUAUCAGGAUGGUUAAUUGUAUUGUUACUGUCUGGGCGUGCACUGAUGGCAGUGCAGCUGGGGUAAUCCACUACUCCACCCUCUAAUGUGAUCGUAAAGAAUGGAUGUGUGCGUGAUGCAUACCGAUAUAUACACAUGAAGUCAAAAUAGCCAUCAUUGUUUCACCCUUGUGAAAGACUGGUACAUGACUGGCAACUUCAUGAGAGCUAAAAGCUGGAGUGAGGAGCUGUUAGAGGGUUCACUCUCCUCUUGUAUUCUGAUUGGACAAACAGCUAAUGGCUAGUUUUUUGCAUAUCAUUUAUCUAUGUAGCUGCUGCUCUUAACUCUCCCCUCAAUCUGAAAAGCUGUUGAUAUUAAUUUAUUGAUAAAUGUGAAGACGUACAGAAAGACUAAAACAGCUAGUAAACUAAACAAAACAAUUAACAGUUUAACAGUUUAAUGGCACAGUUAAACUGGGGCUUAUUGCUGCUGUCUCACAGCUCUCGAGUUCUGUUUUAGAUACAGACUGGGCUGUGUUUCUGCGGGUUUCCUCCCACAUCCCAAAGUCAUGGCUAUAUUAACAGACGUUUCUCAAUUACCCCUGUGUGCUUGUUGUGUAUGAGAGUAAAACGAAAACAUCUGUUAAUGUGUAGCUCAUGACUGAGUCUUGAUUUUAAAGUUUUCUUUCACAUACCCAUUUGAAUCCUAAGCUUUACUCAGUUUUCUACUAAUAUCUCUGUUCUUUUCAGUAAGUAGAUCUUGCCAAAUACCUGUGUAAUGCAUUGUGUUUGUUGCUUGAGCCUUUCUGCAUUCCAAUGGUCUCUGUCUCCUCUUGACCUGAUCAAUGGGCCUUUUCUACGGGGAUCCUAACAGAGACAUGCAAAUGCUUUAGAAGGUAGAUGCGUUUCUUGUUCUGGCCGUGAAAGGAUGGUCGCAUGUAGCCUAAAAUAGAUCACGGGCCAGAAUAAAAGAGGAUGAAUCAUAUACAGAGAGGUCCAAGGCCAAUUGUUGAGUUUCUUUGAUUAUUUUCAGUGGAUAGCAGAAGCAUGUUGACUAACAUCCUGGAAGGACUGUGCUCUUCCUUGGCUUUUCACUACAUGGUGUAUGAGUUCCUGCUGCAUAUGCAUCCUUCAUUACGUGUUUUUCAAUUCUGACAUCUUCCUGGUGGAUAUACGUCUACACCGAACUUCGGUGGCUAAGUUAAGAUGAAGAUCCACUUAACUAAGACAUUUUGAGCAUAUAGAUUUAAAUGAAUCAUACCUCUGUUUCCUACUCUUAAAAAAAAAAAGUUUGCAGCACUGAAAACCAAGGAUACAUAUAAAUGUCCUGAAUGGUGGAUUAUAGAGGAUUAUGUCUAGAUUUCAACAAUUCUAAAUGUGCAUCCCCAUUUGAAUUGUAGCUUAUAUUUACGUAAUAUAAUUUAUUGAUUAUUUUUCUUUUUAAUGUAACUUGUCUAAUAGUGUUGAUAAUAGCUGUACAGUUCAGACUGUAGAGAUGUAAAAUAAAGUGCAAUAUUUUAAUUGCAUUCUCUUGGUAUACCUAAGGAUAUAGAAAACCUCUAUUAAUUUAAUCUCAAUGUAAAGCAUACAUUAGCAACAGAACUAGUUUUACAGUUCUAGAGCCGUCUUUUUGUUAAAAUACUGUACUUCCUUUCUAUGAAGUUUAAACUAAUAAGGCUUUAAGUGUUUUGUUUCUUUUUCUGGCCACGAAUGGACAGCUUUCAGCAUGAAAAUGUUAAUACUAUCUGAAGCAUGAAUAAAGUUUUCACAAAAUA